GACGGGCGGUGCGACGGGGGUCCCUGCUCGGCGGCGCCCCAGGAUUCACUCAGGAUGUUGCAGGAAACGGAGGACAGCACCGCUGAGGACCUGGAUCAGCCAUCACUCAAUGCUGGAAUGGGGACGGACGUUCUGGAAUCCGGUGACACCACGCCUCCCUCCAAAAGAAAAAGCAAAUUUGCAGGUUUCGGCAAGAUCUUUAAACCCUGGAAGUGGAGGAAAAAGAAAGCCAGUGGCAAAUUUAAGGAGACAUCGGAAGUUCUAGAGAGAAAAAUUUCAAUGCGAAAACCAAGAGAGGAGCUCAUUAAAAGCGGGGUUCUGCUUGAAGACCCUGAACAGGAUGGAGAGGAGCCAGGCAAACUAAGCCUUACUGCCUUGAAAAACGGGCACACCACCUCCGUUGACCGUUCUGGGAUUGUCAGCCUCACUCACCUGGAGGAAGAGACUGGGAACAACAGUGUAAGCCUUAACAAAACUGCUCUGACAGAGGAGCUGAAGAACUUGACAGAUGGAGAGGAGCCAGGCAAACUAAGCCUUACUGCCUUGAAAAACGGGCACACCACCUCCGUUGACCGUUCUGGGAUUGUCAGCCUCACUCACCUGGAGGAAGAGACUGGGAACAACAGUGUAAGCCUUAACAAAACUGCUCUGACAGAGGAGCUGAAGAACUUGACAGGAACGCUCGGCAGCCAUCCCGGUUCAGAAGCAGAACAUCACCAUGAGUCUCAGGCGCCGAAGCAACCGUUGCUUCCUCCGAAGCGACCUUUGUCGUCCUCUUCUCAGGAGACGAGUUAUCCGCCAACGAAGGAUCUUGCUCCCGUUAACAGCACGGCAAGGACUAUCCCGCUCUCGACACCAGGGGCUAUCAGCAGUUCAGCGAAAGGAGUCAGUUUUCCCGCUGCUCCUUCCCCAGCCCCCAGAACUGUGCCGUCUCCCGUUGUGAACGCUCACACCACUGCUGUCGUGAAUACAACCAAUGUAACAUUACCCAAACAGCCCCCUGUCCCACCUCCCAAACCAGUGAAUAGGAGUAGCAAUCCCUUAAUAGCUGAAUUGUCUCAAGCUCUCGCCAGUGGCACGGUUUUUUCAAAGUCCUCUCCUCCUUUGCCCCCAAAGAGAGGUGUCCCACUGAACACGGCCUCUUCCCUUGAGCUGGCUGCCACUCCCAAAUCGCCGAGUGAUCACAGCCUGUCCUCAUCGUAUCCUUCGUCAAUAUCACCCCCUCUCCCACCCCCCUCCCCUUCACUCCCUCGACCUUCUGGCAUUGUCCUGGAGCCUCCCUACAUGCCCUUGCCUCCCUCCCUUCAUGGGGCAGAUCCUCCUCUUUACACAGAACUGCAAACGGACGCCCAGCCGGAGGAGCUGCCAAUGCCAGCCAGGGGAAUGGGGGAGCAUGGAUUCGAAGAGCCUCGCUUACCUACCCGGCUGCCCCAACUCCCCCUUCACAUCCGUAUCCAGCAAGCUCUUGCAAGUCCUCUACCAGCAACACCCCCUCCCGAGGGUUCACACUGGGCUCACUCGCUGCUCUUUGAGAGUGAAGGCUCCUACGAAGAUAAUGGGACCUUGGGCAGAACAAGAUCGUUGCCCGUGACCAUUGAGCUGCUGAAAGUGCCAGAGGAAGAGGAAGAGGAAGGAGCUCAAGAUGAUGUGCAUCAUUCCAAUCCCCGUGUUUAUAUUGGAGACACCCCAGCUGUCACCGUCAUUCCCAGGCUUGUGCUCCAGACAGUGCAAGAUGAAGAUGAAGGGCCAAGUGAUUCUGACUCAGAGGGACCCAUUUUGUACAAGGAGGAAGAGGAGGAAGAUGAUGAAGAUGAAAGCCAUAACACGGCUCUAGCCAACAAAGUGAAGAGGAAAGAUACUCUAGCCAUGAAACUGGGCAGUAUGGCUCCUCAGCAGGAGCUGCCAGAAGAAAAUAUGUUUCACCGGAAGACGAAGGAAGAGUGGAAUGAAAUCCGGCAGCAGAUUGGGACAACAUUAAUCAGGCGAUUAAGUCAAAGACCAACACCAGAAGAACUGGAACAAAGGAAUAUCCUUCAGCAAAAAAACGAGGCUGAUCGGCAGGCGGAAAAGCGGGAAAUAAAGCGAAGGCUUACGAGAAAGCUUAGUCAGAGGCCUACCGUCGCUGAACUGCAGGCAAGGAAGAUCCUGAGGUUUAAUGAAUAUGUUGAAGUAACAGAUGCUCAGGACUAUGACAGACGAGCAGACAAGCCGUGGACAAAACUGACCCCUGCUGAUAAGGCUGCCAUUCGAAAGGAACUGAACGAAUUCAAAAGUUCCGAAAUGGAAGUCCAUGAAGAAAGCAAGCAGUUCACACGGUAUCACCGACCAUGAGCCUUUCCUUUUUCAAAAAAGCACAAGCAGCAUGCUAGAGGACGAGAGGUCUUUUCCAAGCCCUUCUCCUGUGCUGAAGAGGAUCUCUGAGGCUUCUCCAAGAUUUGCCUUCGUAACAUAUCCAGGAAAUGCUCCCUCUGUUCUCCUGGGAAUGGAGAAGGGUGAGGAAGUAGCAUUUUGUUGAACGGAGUUUGUCUCAGGUGCCAUCAAAUUACGCUGGGUUAAAAACAAGCAGCCACGCAUGCUAUGCCUCCGAUCAUAUAGCAAUAUCCUCAGUUUGCUUGUCACUGAGUGCCCCAGCUCGUAUCGGCCAUACGUAGCUCCAGCACGUGAAUUGAGAAUGCUCCCUUUUGCCCUGUUCUGCUGUAAAUAGUAUGUUCUGAUCCGUUUCCUAUCCUUUCAUUGCUCUCAAGGAAGACAAGACUUUGGAAUAGGUUUUGGGAGCUGAUCAGCAAGAGGGAAGGUUGUGCUCCUGUGCCUGUAUGUAUUCUGUACAAACAAUAUGUCGACAUGCUGUACUAGCAGGAAACUGACAUAUUACUGGAAGCUUUUUGAGCUUCUUUUAUGUCUUUCUGAUGUACUGUACUUAAUAUGCAGAAUCACUACUGAUCAAUUUUAUGUCAUUCUGUGAAGGAAUUCUGAAAUAGCCUGUCCUGUCUCUUAAGCGGAAAAAAACCCCACACAUUUUUAUCAUUUUACAAUAGACAACAAUCUCUCCACCUCUGUAAAAGCAAAAAAAA